ACGAUACUCUCUCAUCUAUUAGUAGCGUCUACUCAGUUCGUACCCUACGUAGCUAGACUGACCCUACAAUCUAGAAUCGCAUUUUGGAAAUGCGACGACUACAUGCAGACUCACCAAUGCGCUCAAUCUACAGGAAGUAAUAGUCAACGUCCCACUGUCAAAAUAUGUCCAAGCCAAACCCUACUACCAGCGUGCUCAGCUCAUGCAAUUGCUUGGGAACUUCCUUCUAAAAUGGCAGAAAAGACACAACUCGACCACAGGGGUUAUAUCCUUGGAAUUCUUUCGGAAUAGAAAUUACUACAGGAUUGCAACUGUGGCAGCAACCUGUUUAAAAAAGUUAUCUGAUAAAUACUCUGAGCGGCUGUUAACAAUCAACAACAAAAGAUUAACGGAAUGGAUGCUUUUGAAUACAAUUUCAUUGACGAAGGAAACCGAUGAAUUAAGUAUCCUCACUUUUAUGGGGUAUACAUUUAUAUCAACUAUUUUAUUGCUAUCGAGGAUCAAAGAAAAGGAUUCCAAUUAUCACAUAACUGAGAUUAUUUUAUUGAGCUUUGGAAUAUUGUUCUUCACCAUACAGGGGCUAUUAAUAUUUGGUGUUCUGGAACAGUUGCCGGAUGAUAUAUUAUCUUAUGGUUAUUCCCUCGGAGCUGUGUCGUUUAUAUGUGCGAUUCUUUUUGCCAUAGAUCUAUUUUUUUUCCGGCGAAUGGCGGUUUCUAAAAAUGUACUUUCUCAAACCGAUUUGGAAUAUAUAGAUGAGAAAACCCUCAAAAAAGUUGACAUUAGGAUAAAUACAAUUGAAAUGGAUCGAUCUGAUAAGUGUUGCUUGUCGGACGCGACAAAAUCUGGCAAAAAACUCAGAUACCUACGAACUGAUUUAUGAUUAACACUGAGAAAAUCAUGUUUUUUUUAUAAUAUCCAUUUGUAUCUUAAAAUGAAUAUGAAUAUGAAUACAAAUGUGAACAUGAAGAAAAAAAAGCUUUAGCUUAAUAAAAGGCAACUCCGAUUCCUAAAAUGUUAACAGGAGGAGCACAGGAGAAAGUAA